GAUGCCAAUAUUCAUUCAGUUAUUUUGUCACACCGAGGACGUUUCGAGAAAGGCCCAUUCCACAGCCAAGUCCGAACAGUAUGCCAGCCAGCAGUUUGGGCUGACCAUUUGACGGGGCAGAAUGGCAGCAGAGUCUGACAUUCUAGACGAGCUCUAUGCGGCCCUGGAUGGGGAUCCAAAGAGCGUGUACCUCCACGAGAGGCUUCUCGAAGUAUGGGCCGAGCUCGGGGACAAAGAUAUGACAACUGGUUUUGCAACCACGCUUCAGCGGCUUGAUCCCAAAAACGAAAUUGCAGCUCAAUACCUGGGCCAGAAAUCAAAGUCAAAGACCAAGCAUGUGUCCAACCAGCCGAAUCCUAAAACUUCAAAGGCUUCUCGACCAUGGACACAUCCAGAUUUUGCAGAAUCCAGCAAUUCCCAACCCAUCAAGAACCUUUCUGCCCAAGAAAAGGAUCUCUCCGAUGGCUACACCAUCCUCAAACUCGAAGCACAGAUGCUCCAAGUUGAACUAGCCGCCGUUCUCUCUCAUCUCUCAACCUCCGACUCAGACGAUCAAGAAGUCCUCCCAACCCUCCAAGCCAUCAGCGAAGGACGAGUAGGCAGUGUCGUCCCCAUGGAACAGCCCAUGUCCGUCCGUUCCCGAGCACGAGAAAUAGCGGAAUCCCCCUCCGAGGCCUCUUCCCUCAUAAUCGAAGACUUCGAAGCCAUCAUCCGCUGGGCAGCCUGUCAAGACCCCCCGCUGCUCCCAGACGCCAUCCGCGAGCGUCUCGUGAAACGCAAAACCCUCCUCGAAGCAGCGAUCCCCGACUCCAUGACCAAAGAUACCACCGCCGCACUCCGUCACAUCGAGCGAGCGUACCUGGAGAAAACGUACGUGAACUCGGAAACCAUGCUCGGAGACGACAUCUCCGAGAUCCCCAAAGAGAAUUUCUUCGUUAGUGAAGAUAACUAUGCGUGGGAUAUGGACGAGUUGGCUCAAGCUAUUACGGCUAAUGAUGGCGUGAUGCGGAAUCCGCUCAGCAAGCAACUCUUCACCGAGUCAGACAUCAAGCAAAUCCUCGCUCACCCCCUCGGUCAACGCCUCAAGCCGAUGCAACUCAAGCAAUCGCAACUCAAGAAAGGGAUCCGUCCCUCGACCAUACAAUGGGUGUCCAAAGUGGGUAAAAUCAUGCUGGAAGACCAAAGUGUGGAUAUAGCGCCUAGUAGGAAGGUGAUGGAUGAAUUCUUGGCCUAUGUAGCGACGCUGCCAAAGGCGGAGCAGGAGACGAUCAAAUCGUUGAAGAUUCCUGGCGUGGAUUCUACUAGUAAACAGCCGUUUGAUUAUACGAUUGGGGAGUCGAUUCGGGAUGCGGUUGCUAAUACGACUUGUUUGCAUAAGGUGGGGGAUUUUUUGUCGCAGGCUGCGGUGUAUUUGAAGAAGCAGUAGAGCAGAAAGAUACAGGAAGAUAAAUGUAACCCUUAUUCUUUACAUAUAAAGAUAUAGAUUAGCUGUCAUGAAU